UAAAAUUUUAAAUUUUAAAUCGUUUCACUGUUCUCUGCAAAACCCCAACAAUCAACCGAACGAAGCUCGGCCAAGAAUGGUGGGAACGAAUUUGAAGGCGGAGACGAUGAGUUUGAUGGAAAAGAGAACGGCUGUUGAAACCGAGAUGAACGCCAUCAUCCACCGUCUCUCUCAACCGGACGGCCCUGGUCUCUCCGGCAACCUAGUUGACGCCGAGGGCUUUCCUCGUUCUGAUAUCGAUGUACCUCUUGUUCGAGCUGAACGACGUCGUCUAGCUGAGUUGCGAAAUGAUCAUAAGGAGAUUACGGAUAAAAUAAAUGAAAAUAUACAACUUCUGCAUUCGGCAAGGCUCUCCUCGUUAUCCACAUCUGUCAAAGAUUCAGGUAAUGAUGCAGAGUCAAAUAAUCAAAACUCAUCACUUGUCAAUGCUGUUGCUUCAGCAUCCCCAACCAAUAUUAUUCAGAGAGAUUCUCCUUCUGCAAUGGAUGUGGAUGUGAUUAUCAGCAAACCCUUUGCACUUAUUGAUGAAAUUACUGAUGCAUCUCCUGCGGCAGAGGAUGGUUUGCAGCUUGGAGAUCAGAUUGUGAAAUUUGGGAAAGUAGAAGCUGGUGAGAAUUUGCUAGAAAGGCUUGCUGCUGAAGGACGGUCAAAUCAGGGUCAAGCAGUUCCUGUAGUAAUAAUGAGGCAAGGUGUUCUCAUCAACCUAACAGUGACACCCCGAACAUGGCAAGGCAGGGGUUUACUGGGAUGCCAUUUUCGGAUCUUAUAGGUGGUCAUACACUCAAUACUUUCAAUUCAUAGUGUGGAGGAUGUCAUACUUGGUAAGGUGUUUUUUGGCAGUUGCAAUUUGGUGCUUUGAUGGACUUAUUUGCAGAAAAACUCUGUUUCUAUGUUUUUCAUGUAUCUAUAAAACAAUGUAAUAUUUUGUCUACCCUUUUUACAAAUUUUGCGGAUGUGUGCUAUGGUAAUAUCCUCUUGAUUCACUUGACACCA